AUGUGAAUAUAUGGAAGAAGUAGAUUAGCUUCUAGACGAAUAGAUUUUCAUCAAUUAAUCAAUGCUAUAACACAAUUUUCAUUAUCAUUAGUUUGUUUAUCAUUAAAUUUAAUUGGUUGUUAUAUAACAUCAUCAAAUGAUUUACCAUUCAAUGGUAUUCAACUUCAACAACAAUUUUUACAAUUAAUGCCAAAACUUCAACAAUUUCAUUUGUAUGCAAUAUUAACUCAAGAUUUAAUUGAUAUUAAAAGUAUUUUAUCGACAUUUAAAAAUCACUUUUGGCUGGAUCAUAAUUGGACUGUUGGAAUGCAUGACAAAUAUUUGUAUACAUUACCAUUUCAUUUCGAUAAACUAUACGAUUUUACCGAUUUCGAUCGGGUUGAUUCCAAUAAUUAUGAGAUUUUAAUAAAUAAUCCUCGAAUAUGGUACAAUGUCAAAUCCAUAAAAUUCAAAAUAGCCAAUUUCGAUCUCCUGAAACGAAUUCGAAUAAAAAUGCCAAAAUUACAUCUAAUAUCAAUCGACUAUUUCAAUUAUUCUGAUAAUACUCAAGAUCUUCAUAUGAUUCAAAAUCAAAUAAAUAAUAUGAAUGUAACAUUAGAUCGUAUAAUGACUGUUCAUCUAACUUGUGGAUCAUUAGAAAAUGAAAAACAAUGGUUCAUGAAUACAUUACCAAAUAUAAGAUAUCUAGUUUUAUGUCGUACAGAAUUUCCUUUAUUGAAAAGUCAAUUGACUUGGAUAUUGAAUGAUAAAAUUGAACGAUUAGUCAUCGAGGGAAAUUCAAUCGUUGAACAAUUUGGAAAACAAAAUUAUAUCUAUUUUUCAAAUCUUCAAGAUCUUCAAUUGAAACUUGACUUGACAUUUGGUUCGGAAAUUUAUGAUGAAUGUGUAGAUGCGAUAAUGAAAUUCUUGACAUAUUAUGAAAAUCUAAAAACUUUAUUGAUUGGUUUUAAUCGAUUCACUUUUAAUCUAAUAAGAUCUAGUUCCCAAAUAGAGUUGAAGAAAAUUCUUCAAAAAUUAGAUAAAAAUAAAAUUGAAGAAAACUAUGAAAUCAUACAUAAUCAUUGUCAAUAUGCCAUUUUUGUCAAAAAAAAAAUCUACAACCUUUAA